AGCCUAUGAGGAAACCCUGAGAAGUUGUUCCUGGGAGAUCAAACUCAGGGCAUCAAUACACAUACGCUGUACAACCUAGGAAGUGCCAUUGAGAAUUGCGUACAGUAGACCACGGCUUGAAGACAGGCCUGUGUUAUGUAGUUUGAGAACUAACAAACGCCCAACAUUAUUAUCGUUAAAUCUGGCAGGUGUUAGUUCUGAGUGGUUCAACACAAAACUCUCCAGCAGCAAGGAGAAGCCUCCACCCCAGCACUGGGCAAUGCCUCUGUUUCGGGCUUCAGGUAAAUAUAGCAGAGCAAAGGCUCAGCCCGAGAGGAAGGGCAGGAGGAAUAAGAAGUGGAUGUGGAACUGCAAGAAGACAGAUGUAGAUGGCUGUGUUCUUUCGUUGCGACGGCUGUGUCUGCUGAGUCUUGCUGACAACAUGAAGAACGUGUGGGUGAAAGACUACGCUGACAACUACUUGGAUCACUAUUCAUUCAGGCACAUAAUGGGCCCUUUCAACUUACUGCCAAGUGAGCUGGUUGAGGAUCUGAUGUCGCUGCUCUGCACCAGAAAGCAGUUGUCCCGGGCAGCCCUGCACCUCCUGCUGGUCCCUCAGCUCCGGAAUCUGUCUCUGCAAAAGUGUCCUGGUCUGGUCACCUCCGCCCUCUGUUCCCACAUUGCUGCACGGUGCCAGGGUCUGUGGUCUCUGGACCUAUCUGGAGCCCAGCAACUGCCUUCAAAGGUCCUGUCUGAAACUCUCCACUGUAUUCCCAACGUGCGGUCACUCUCCCUGGCUGGUAUGCCAUGUGAUAGAUAUGUAAUCAGGACAAUUGCCCACCGCUGCCGUUUGCUUCGCCAUCUAGAUGUAUCCUGCUGUCAUUUCCUUUCCCCUGCUGCACUACUUCCUCUUGGAGGUGGGGCUUUGUGUUCAUCCUCUGGAGCUCCUUCUAGCUCAUCUUUUCACUGCACCUCUACAUCUCAGUCUUCUGUUUCUGCUUCUUCUUCCUGCUCUGAUGCCUCCUCCUCCUUUUCUGCACCCCUGUCUCCUCUCCCCCUCAGCAGUUUGCUGGCUCUGGAUAUUGGGUUUGGGGAACAAGAAGGAGACCCUGUUGCAGCAGCAGCCUACCUCCUUCUCUCCCUGCCCUGCCUGGAGAGAGUGGCCAUGGAGGGUCUUUUGCAGGCGUGCUGUCUUAUUCACCACAGAGAGUUUAGCCAGACUAAUGAGUUUGCUGACAGAGAAGGAGUUCCCAGGCUGGAGGAUAUGUGGAGGGUGAGAAAGCAAAGGCAAGGCUUGGAUAGUUGUAGGCAGAAGAGUGAAGCAGCAGCAGCAGGUAGGGAAGAUGAGGAUGAAGACGAGGAGGAGGGGUUAUCAUGGGAGGGGUAUGGCAGUGAGAAUGAGGAAGAUACAAGUAGAGAUGAAGGGCCAAGUUGCUCUCAGAACCAAGCAGAGGAAAGAAGGAGAAGAGUUUUGCCACAGUCAGGUGAUGAAUGCCUGAUCCUGCGCCUAAAAGAAGUCAAAGGCUUAACUUUUGACUCUCUGUACAGUUUAGGCAAAUUAUGUCCGGAUAUAUAUUCCAUCUCUAUUAAAGCUGAUCAUCAUGAAGACACUAGAGGAAGAUGCCAGGGGUCUCUGUUAGCUGCAGGACUCCAAACCUGGUCAGGAAGGUUGCGGAGUCUCUCAGUACAGUUCCCAGGCCCUGUGGUGGGUCUCCUUUCUGGUUUGCAAGUUGCAGGCUCCUCCCUGGUCUCUCUCACCCUGGAGGGGGUGAAAACCAGCUCUCACACCCCUCUACUGAAGGUCAUCGAAGCCUGUCCCAAACUCAGAAACCUCUUCAUCUUUGCUGAGCCUCCCACUACACCACAGGAAGAAGAAGAUGAGGAGGAUCAGCAGGAUCACCGGGAUCUUCCACGGCUGCCUAAUCUCUGCUCUCUCACACUAAAAUUCUCCUAUGACCACAUUCAAACAAAGCCUGUAAUGUCCUGGAUGUCCUUGAAGAGGGUGCUCAAGUGUCUCCUGACAGGUUCUCCUUUGCUGGAGAAGCUCUCGCUGGUGUCCCUGCCGUGCCCUCUGAACUGCAUUUUAGAAGAUGUACUACGUGCAGGCAACUUGGACUGUCUCUUUGGAGAUUCCACAGGCUUAGCCCCCAUGCCACUCGGACAGGUAGAGCAUGUUGACCUGUUGCGAACAGAUGUGCAGAUGGUAACAGUGAAAAGUAUAAUGCGACAGAGCAAGAGACUCAAGUUUGUAAAUGUGAGUCACUGUUGGCAAAUUAGUCAGUUUGAGUGGUUGGAUUGCGUGCUGUCCAGUAAAGUCCAAGUCAUCUGGGUGUAGUGAGGAGAUGGUCAGUUACCAAUAAAGGAGCUACACUAUUGAGGGUGGAUAAAUAAUGCUUAUUAUUACUGUAUUUAUAUUGCGUCAGCUUUAUUAGUAUAUCUGCUUCUAUGAUUACAACACUAUAAGUAAAAAAAUCUAGCACAAGCACAAAGUCUGUGGGCGACUGUGGUUCAGUGGGUAGAGCAGUCGUUUACCAACCGAAGGGUUGGUGGUUCAAAUCACGGUGCCUGCAUUCCACAUGUUGAAGUGUCCUUGGGCAAGAUAUUGAACCCACAAAUUGCCCCUGA